AUGAACAAUGUCUGGAACGCGAUAGUACACAGCGGGCCAUGCGCCGCACGACAAACCCGAUCGAAACCCCUUCUGCAUCUCUUCAAUGGCUAUGAAAAAUCGCAAACCGCUCGAGCGACCCGAUCCCAGCUUUCCGGUGCGGUUCAGAAUGCUAGGAGGUCGUUCUCCUCAGCCCAAAACCUCUACGCAAGUCGAGGAAAAAGCUUGAAUGCGAAACGUUCUGCCAAAGCUCCCUCGCCUUCGGAAUUCAAGUCUAGACUUCCUGCCUCGAGACUCGAGCCAAGCCAAACGGUUGCUUCUCACACCGAGGGUGUGGUCGCAGAGGAAGAGCAACUCACAUGGCGGGACUAUGACCCUCUGGGUGGGAUGCCGCUUCCCAAUGGGGAGAGGACGCAGCCAGAGAUUAAUGCCAUAUUCAACAGCGAAGAGAUCGACGUCGACACUGGCAAUUAUGUCCUAUGUGUCUUGCAUUGGAGACGUGAGUCCGGGGCGUUGAUCGACGUUGGAGUGGAGUUCCCGGAGGCUAGCGGAGUGAGCAAAGAGAUGGCCUUGAAGGGACUUCAGUACGUGCGAAGUGUCGAUCCGAAUGUGGAUGAGGCGACCAAUGGAGAAGUGUGGGUUCAAGAGGAGAGUGAAAGGUUGCAGCAGGAGAUUCAGGACCGAGCCGUGAAACUCGGGUUCUAUAAAGCGAUCCCGGAAGAGGAGGAGCAGCAAGUAGACGAUAAAGAAGCUCGGCAACAGCAAGCGGCCGAUGAAGAGCAAGACCGCACGAGCAAAAGUGUUCUGCAGUCUGUACGGGAGCAGAAUGAAGCUCGGCAUGAGGCGCACGAGCUCGCACGGAAAGCAGCAGAAGAGAAAGCCAAAAUCGCGGCCGUGCACAGCACUCGUGGCCCACUCGAACUCGCUGCGGGGGUCCAGCCCAGUGCUCAGGUCACUGACAUGAAAGUUGUGAGAUCACCCUUCGGAGGCAAGAUCACGAUACGCCCUCCGGCGCCUAAAGCAUGGCUAUCACAGCCCGUGGAGCGCAAGCCCUGGGUCAAGUACUACGAAGAACAAGCUCAGAUCAUCAAGGAGCACACAAUCCCGAACAUCAGCUCACUGCAAAGAUUUGGACCUCCGUUUGUAGUUCUUCUGCUGGUCCUGGGGGGCUGCUAUUACCUGAGCGAAAACUACACACCACCGCCUCGAUCUGCUCGGAUCUGGCCGGACACACCCCCAGCUGUGGCCACCAUAGGCGCCCUUACCAGUGUACUGCUCUGGACAUUCAUCAUGGGACGCAUACCGCCACUCUGGAGAACAUACAGCAAAUACAUGACCUUGGUGCCCGCCUAUCCGUAUGCAGUGAGCCUGGUAGGCGCCUUGUUUCGUCACGACACAGUCGCCCAUCUGGCGAGCAAUCUCGUCUGCCUCUGGGUCUUCGGUCUGCUCCUCCACGAAGACGUAGGCCGUGGCACUUUCCUGGCCAUCUACCUCGCAUCGGGAGUAUUCGGCGCUUACUCCUCCCUGAUCUACAACGUCUUCCGCAAGGAAUUCUCGGCCUACAUCCUAGGCAGCUCAGGGUGCGUCUUGGGCGUCUUUGCGGCUGCUUGCGCAUUGCGCCCAAAUGGCACGAUCCGCGUAGCUGGAUACGAUAUCCCGAUCGCGGCAUGGGUCUUCCUCGCCCUCUUUGGUGCUGCUGAGGCGAUUGCGGCGAUUCGGGGCAUGAAGACGAGGAUUGAUCAUGCGGGUCAUGUUGGGGGGAUUUUGAUGGGUGUGGCGAGUGCUUUGUAUCUGAGGCAGAAGUCGCAGCAACAACAGAUGGUGGGGACUAGUAGCCUUGCGCAGACGGUUGAGAAGGUCAAGGGGGAUGUUAAAGAUGCUGUGGGCGCGAGCUAA